GAGGAGAUCUCGGUGGAUAUGUGGAUUGAUGUGUGCGUGCUGAGGACGGCGCUGCUGAGCUGGAUGGGCGAGCUGGAGAAGAUUCAGCUGGCGUGUUGUGGCUUGUCUGGGGGUGGUACAAUCUUGGACGGUGCGGGUGAGGGCGGGGAAAGGGGCCUCGGGGAGGAGGCGAUGGACGUGGGCAGGCGGAUCCGCAAGCGGCUGGGGGAGAUCAGAGCCGAGUACGAGGGCAAGGUGCGCGAGUGCUCGAUGGUGAUUGACGGGAUGGCGCUGUCGGCGCAGCUGUCGUGGAACCAGAUCGGCUACCGGGACUCGCAGACCAACCUCGAGAUCGCCCGAGACACGCGCCAGGACUCGAACCAGAUGCGGUCGAUCGCCUUCCUGACCAUGUUCUUCCUGCCGGCGACCUUCAUCGCGUCGCUCUUCUCCAUGAGCUUCUUCAACUGGAACGCGCAUGACGGCGAGCGCGUCGUGUCGCCUUAUUUGUGGAUCUACCCCGUGUUGGCCAUCGCCAUCACGGCCGUCGUGGUGGGCUGCUGGUUCUGUUUUAUGCGGCGACGGCGGGCAUUGUCAGACGUCGACGACAACGAGCACAAUGAGAAACUGCUGGUGUAG